GGGAAAUAAAACUAUCUAAGACUUCACCUUGAGCACAUCGUAAUGCCUAUGAGAUCUCGCGCAGUAUAUGAAGUAAAGUGAGAAUUUGUACAUACAAACGGGAUACAGAUGGACAAUAAAUUGUGUAGUACAUAUUGUUUUAAUAAUGGAGAAUGUACUUUAUGUUCAGAACAAGAUCCUUUAACUGAGACUAAAUGUCUAAGAUGCAGAUGUCCAAGACAAUGGGCAGGAGAUAGAUGUGAAAAAAAAAUAAGAUUUUUAUCAACAUCUCUAAAGGAAAAGCCUCAAGAAAUACCAGUCGGUAUCAUGAUCGGCCUAUUCACCACAUGUAUAAUGCUACUGAUCAUUUUCGUUAUGAUUAAGUAUCAAGUCAUAGAAAAGUUGUGGACAAAAAUAAAACUAUACUACUCAAGAAACAGUUCUAUUAAGAAAGACUCAACAUCUUUUUCUUACGUAACUUAUGUGAAUGAUGAAACCGUAAUUAUUUGAAUAUUUUCUUUCAACCUGAAACGGUAUAAUUUAACUGAUUUCUUCUUUUCAUACACUUCCAGUAUUUUAUAGACUUGUGAGCACUAUGAAAAUAGAUAGUACGGUAUCGCGAAAUCGUUUUAUCAGUCUUUAUGAAUAAAAAAUUUAGACAGUUCUGAAGUGUGUGGAAUGUCAUACUAUGGU